CCCAGUAAACCAGUUCAACUCUAGCUGCCUCACAGCAAACAUCAAAUAGGAGACAAGUUUUUAUUCUAAAAAGUAUACACUUUUAUAUUAAACACUAGAAAACUAAAAUGGAACCCUGUUCUUCGACAAAUUCGGACAUCAAACUAAAAGAUCCAUAUUAUAUUAGGUAUUAUGAGUUCAUUUUGAAUUGUUUAAGGGGUGAGAAGUUUAAGACCUUCGACGAGUUAAUCGCUAGAGCAGAUAUUAGACCAAAGGAUUUGCAAAAGAUCAUUGAUAGUAUGGCCCAAGACCUAUACCUAUAUCCAGGAAUACCCGAAGGAGAGGAUGGCAUCUUGGAGCCUAGUGAUUUGACAGAAGAAGAGGGAAUAGGGAUAGCACAGGAAAAUCAAAAUGAAAAUGAACACAAGGAACAGAAAGAUCAGGAAGAUAAUCAGAAUGAACAUAAUGAGCAUAAGGAACAGGAGGAACAGGAAGAUCAGAAAGAUAAUAAGAGUGAACAAAAUGAACAUAAGGAACAGGAAGAUCAGGAAGAUAAUAAGAAUGAACUCAAGGAACAGGAAGAUCAGGAAGAUAAUAAGAUUGAACAAAAUGAACAUAAAGAACAGGAAGAUCAGAAAGAUAAUAAGAAUGAACUCAAGGAACAGGAAGAUCAGGAAGAUAAUAAGAUUGAACAAAAUGAACAUAAAGAACAGGAAGAUCAGGAAGAUAAGAAAAAUGAACAUAAGGAACAAAACGAUUAUAAUGAGAAUGAACAGAGGAAACAGGAAGACCUAAAUGUAAAUGAACAAAGGAAACAGGAAGAUCCAAAUAUGAAUAAACAGAGGGAACAAGGGAAAGAUUACAAUGAGAAUGAGCAAGAAGAUACUACUGACAGGAAUGAACAAGGGGAACAAGAAUAUCAUAAUAAGAAUAUGCAAAAGGAAUUUGAAUAUCAAAAUGAGAAAGAAAAUGACUUAGAAGAUAUUGUGGAUAUAGAAAAUUUAAUAGACUUGGGACUUUUAUUGGAAGAAUCGGGAGAUAAAGAAGAUAAAGCAGACAAAGAAGAUAGAGAAGAUAAAGUAAAUAAAGCAGACAAAGAAGAUAAAGAAAAAGAAGAUGAAGCAAACAAAGAAAACAAAGAAGAUAGAGAAUAUAAAGAAAAAGAAGAUGAAGCAAACAAAGAAAACAAAGAAGACAGAGGAGACAAAUGCGAUAUAGGAGGCAAAGGAAAUACAGACAACAUCAUAGAUGACAAAGGAAAUAUACAUAUGGAAAAGGAAAUUGAACAUCAAAAUGAAAAUGAAAAUGACGUAGAAAAUAUUUUAGACAUUGAAAAUAUAAAAGACUUGGGACAUCUAGAAGAAUUUGAAGAAUCAGGAGAUAGGGAAGAUAAAGCAGACAAAGAAGAAAAAGAAUACAUAGGAGACAUAGGUGAUACAGGUGAUACAGGAGACAAAAGAAACAAAAUCGUGGAAGACAUAGGACACAAUGGAAUCAGAGGAGAGAGAGGAGACGAAAAGGACUAUGAAACCAAAGAAAACUCAGAAAAUAAAGUAUGGAGAAGCGAACCAGUAGAAGUUACAUAUACAAAAGACACAGAUCUAGACAAGCUAAUGACUGAAGAAAGGAAGAAAGAAGAUGCAAGAAUUUUUGCAGAAGUAGUCAGAACAUUUCCGGAACUAUAUGACAGGGAGACUUUAAAAAUUUACGGUUUAUGUGAUCCGAUCGUGACCUUUGAUGACCUGGUUAGACGCACUGGCUACAAUCCUUUGUACCUUAAAAGAUGUCUCUACAAUCUGGCCAUGAUGCCACGCCGGUAUGGCUAGCUCGAAAAACCCAAUCAUAUUAGCCAUUAUUUAUACCUUUGGAUACUCCUUUUUUUUUGGUCAUAAUAUUUCUUUAUUUUAUAGUAUAAAUUUAUAACAUAAUCCCUUUUGUAAAAUUCCUUUGGCAAAAUCUAAAUUCCAAAUUAAUAACAAAAUUCCCAUUA